CUUUAGUGUACGUUUCUUCGUUCCUUCGAACCACAUUGGGCCUUUAUGUUCCACACCUUAGGAAUCAUGCUCUCUAGUGCCAAACAACAGGGUUUAGCUGUUUUUACUGCCGUCUGUUGGCAAGUGAAUCAGGUGUGCCCCUCGGGUUUGACAGUUCCAAAUUAAAUUCAAUAUUUUUUGAUCGGUUACAUAAACCAAUGAUGCUUGCUAUGACAUAUCGGUAAUGAUCCCUAACUCUUGGAAGCAGCACCAAACUACCGAUAAGCGAGAAAAUGUGCUUCUUGGUACAUUCUUGACACCGUCAUUCCCUCCCCCGCUCAGAUUUCCGCGCGGGGCCCGCUUGUUCCCAUGAUGAUCGCCUUCCAGGGAAAACAAGGUUUGAUUACUCUUUGUUCUACCGUCGUAGGGAAUGGAUCGCCCAAUCCCAUAGUCCACUAAGGUGCAAGUGCAAUUUGCAAUUUCAAAUUCGCUAACUAAGAAACCUAGAGGGAUUUUUAAAUUGGGCUGUGAAAUUUAACACACGUCAAAGUUGCACUUUAUGCACUCACAUUUGCUUUGUAUUUCUCAAAUGUUUAAAGAUCAUGGCAAAAGGUGUGAGAUAAUAAGGUUCCACAGGGCUUUUUGAUGGUUUUUUGUUUGAUGUUCGAGUUAAUACAAGUGAAAUCAUGAUGGACGCAUUGACAACAAACUUUACUGAGGAGGAGCUAAAGGAAAUAUUUGAGAAGAUGGAUUGGGACAAAAAUGGUUACAUUACUCCCAUUGAGUUCAAAUCUUAUCUAGCCUCGCUCAAGAAAGGUGAAGAAAUGUCGGCGGAAGAAGUGUACGACGCCUUUGAUCAGAUCGAUACGGAUGGAAGCAAGCAGAUCCAAUGGGAUGAAUUUUUGGAGGCCAUGACGUCCAUGGGACGAAGAAAGUCCGUGAUGUCUGAAGGGGAAAUCACCAAAAUAUUCCGAACAGCAGACGUAGAUUGCGAUGGCUACAUCUCAUUCAAGGAGGCCCGGAGAGCUUACAAGAAAGUGUGCAAACUGCUGAAGAAAGACAAUGAGGAGGAAGCCAUUCACAAAUGGUUGGAAACCGUGGAUUUCGACCACGAUGGAAGAAUUAGCCUGGAAGAGUUCAUGUUAAGCAUUGCUGGAAAUACCUUGGUGGAUGAGGUAUAAUCGAGCAAUGAGAUAUUUAUGUGGUGCAAUAUUUCACUAUUUUUUCUUCAAUGUUAUCUACAACAAAGAAUAAAUGCUUCAUGUGAAUAAGCGAAA